GUAGAUGAAGGGAAGUUUCGUUUCUCCUGAAAAAAUGCAAAGCUUUUCAUAUCUGGGGGGCGUAGCAGAUUGACAUUUUAUUUGACACCGGACUCACUUAAAUAUCGAGCCUGCUGGCUGAAAGUACACACAUCCAUCCACAUAAGAACAGAAAAGACAACAUGGGAUUGCUGACGGCUCUUGCUCUGGGUGCUGCGGGCGCAAGUGCAGCGGCGGGUUCGGUGAUUGUGGCUCCGGUGGCCCUGGGAGCUCUCGGCUUUACUUCAACUGGGAUAGUGGCAGGUUCCUGGGCCGCGAGCAUGAUGUCCACCGCAGCCAUCGCCAACGGAGGAGGGGUGGUAGCAGGGAGCGCGGUGGCUAUCUUGCAGUCCGUCGGUGCGGGUGCAGGAGGUGCGGCAGCACUCAUUGUUGCAAUCGUCUGAGGCCAAACCUUUUUGCAAAAUGAAUACCAUUUCAUAUAAUAUGAAUGAUGUGAUACGAAUAUGAAUCCUAAUUCAAUAAAUGAAAUUGGUCAAUUUCA